AUGUCAUCUACUGGUGAUGGACCGGUGGCUGCGGCUGGGACAAAGCUGUUUGGUGUGAAGGGUGUGUUUCGCCUCUCGGGCGCCCAGUCCAAGAUCAACGCGCUCAGGGCCGAGUACGACUCGGGUGGAGAUCCGGACUUGUUUGAGACCAACGAUCCGCAUGUUGUGGCGGGGCUCUUCAAGCUGUAUCUCCGUGAGCUCACCGAGCCGCUGCUGACGUUCUCGCUCUUCCAUGGGUGGAUCGCGGCCGGGGCGGCAGACUCUCUGGCGACGCGGCGCGACCUGUACCGUGCGCUGUAUGCGGCGCUGCCCAAGCCACACCGCGACUUGCUGCGGCACUUGUGUGCGUUUCUCUUCCGGGUUCAGCAGUUUUCGGCGGUGAACAAGAUGGGCGUGGCGAACCUGGCGACGGUGAUUGGGCCCAACAUCCUGCGGGCGCCCGGGGCGUCGAUGAUGGCCACGGUCCAGUACACUCCGCACAUUAACCAGAUCACGUCGGACCUGAUCGAGAUCGGUAACGAGACGUUUUUCGAACCGCCGCUGGCCGGUCCUUUUGAGUACAUUGCGGUGGCGCAGGCGCAGUUUCCGUACGCGGCUCAGUACGAGGGCGAACUCUCGUUUGAUGCCGAGGCCUUUCUCUUUGUCAUUCACAAGGACGACGAUGGCUGGUGGGAGGGCAACUGCAACGGCAUGAUUGGCAUCUUUCCGCACAACUACGUCAAGAUUUUCCUCGUUCUCAAGGAGGGCAACGGCUCGCCUUCCAUGCCGGUGACCGGUGAGGCCGACGGCACUACGGCCUCGCAGCCAGUGCUAGACGAGGUCGAAAAGAUUGUGUCCGAGGCGCUGGCGGUGACGGCCGAGCCGGAUGUGCUCGUCGGUCCGCCGCCGGCUCUGCCGGCCGUACUGGCUGAUCCGGAGCGGGAGGCUGCGGCACCGCCGGAGCCGGCAGCUGAGGCGGCAAGCGAGCCUACGCCGGCCAAGGCCGCCAAGCCCACGCCGGCCAAAGCCGCCAAGCCCGCGCCGGCCAAGGCAACCAAGCCUGUGCCGGCCAACUCCAAGGACGAACCCCGUGCGGACGUGGCGGCUGCGAAGGAAAGCGCGGCGCCGAGCCAGGUGGUAAGCGCGAGCGACCAGGCGCGACUGGAUGUGCGAGCGGCGACGCGGACGACAAUGGGUGGGAUCGGCAAAAAGGCGGUGAUGGCCGAGGUCGACCGGCUGCGAAUCAUGAUGGAUGAGGACGGCAAGCGGUUCCGCGAGCUGAGGCGGUCGUACGACGGACUGGUGAAGCACUCGGCCCGGCUGGAUGACCUUGUGGUCGACGUGCAGGCCAAGGCCAAGAAGCUGGAGCGUGAGCGGGUCGAACUCGACGAGAAGCUGUCGGUCAAGGAGGCUGAGCUCAAGACGCUGCGCGGGCGGAUCAUCGAGUCUGAGAGCUCGUCGCUGGCGGAGCGCGGCGAGCUGUCUGCAGAGCUUGCAUCGAUCCGGCAACAGAAGAGCGAGGUCUCUGAGACGCUUGCGGCGUCCGAGGCCGAGGUUCGUGCUCUCAAGUCCAAGAUCCGUGACCUGGAGAUUGGUGUUGCGGAGUACGAGGCCAACGAGGUCAACAUGCGCAACGAAGAGCGGCGGCUCAACUCGCUGUUGAAGAAGGCUGUGGGCGAGCUGAAGGCGACGCGUGAUGCGAACGCGGCGCUGAAGGCGCGGGUGGCGCGACUGGAGGACGAGUCGGCCAAGUCUGCGCAGUCAAUCAAGGCCUCGCUCAACUCGGGUGUCGAGGCGGCGCAGUCGGAGCUGAUCGAGACCCGGCUGGAACUGCAGCGGGCGCGGGCAAAGCUAGCCGAGACCGACACGCUCCAGCUCCAGGUCAACCACCUGGUGCAGGAGCGGACACGGCUCCAGAAGGAGCUGGAGACCGCGACCAAUGCGGCGCGAUCGGCGCAUGCGGUGCCCGCGGCCGAUCCGGCUGCCAACUCGGCGGCGGUGGCCAAGGCCAAGGACGAGACGCGGCGGCUGGCUGCCAUUGCGCAGGACCUGACGCGACGGUUGAAGCUGGCCGAGGCCAAGAACCGCGAGGUCGACUCGCUGCGGGCAGAGCUCCAGCAGGCCAACAUCAAGCUGGCCGCCGGCGGGGGCGGAGGUGGGACGGCUGGCUCGCGGGCAUCAAUUGCAGGCUACCCGGUUGCGGCGUCGGCGGGGGCGGGACUUCCGCCUGUUGCGCCGGUAAUCCCGUCGCAUCGGCAGGCGUCGGCGCCGGUGUACUCGGCGACAGCGUCCGGCCCUGGCGGGGGCGCGGGCGGGAUGUCGCUCGAGGAUGAGCUCAACGCGCUCGAAGCCGAGCUCGCGUCUGGGCUCUCGGGCUCUGCGGCGGCCAGCCGCCGGCCGUCGGCGCGCGAGCCGACCGCGCCGCCGUCGCUGGCAGCAUCACAGCUGGCGUCGCUCAACGCGCUCGCCGACGAGCUGGGCAAGUCUGUGGCGGUGCUGAGCGAUCCCGGGCGGUACUUGCCCGAGGGCGAGUUCACGGCCGCGCUGCAGGGCGUCGGAACCAACGUCAAGGCCAUCAAGCGGGCGCUCGAUUCUGAGACCAACGCUGCGUACGACGUCGAAGGCCACGCUGUUGCGCUGGUCAAGUUUGCCAUGACCAUGCCGACAACGGCGCGGGCGGCGCACGAGCCUCAGCGCACUACCCUCCGCGAGCGGGCUCAGGCGCUCUCCACAGCUGUCACCUCGGCGAUCCGAUUCUGGCGGUCGCGCCAUGGAGUGUAG